AUGGCUUCGGAACACGCGUAUGUAACACUAGCCGAGAUCGACCCCAGUCUAGCUGGACUAAUACUUGGAAGGUCGGAGGACCCUGCCGACGACUUUGUCACAGUAGAUCCGGUAGAUUACCUCGAUGGAAGCGAGGACGAAUGGAGCGAGAUCAACGACGAAACGGCCGAGAACGCGAAGCCGGAUCCAAACAGCCGUGUCCAGGCUUGCGGAAUGUCGUCCGCGGUCGAGACCAACGACAAAAAGACCGAAAAUGCCAUGUCCAACGCAGUGAGAUGUGCUCACGUUGACGGGAUGUCGGUACCUGUCGAUGCCCAGCAGCCAUCGCACAAGACGCAGGAGUCCGAGAAGAAGAUAGCCCCAUUACCGGUCACGGAUAACAAAACCCAACCUCUGCACAAGAUGAUCUCUCUCGUCCUCGAGCACCACAAGAGCCGGGAUGAUGGGCUCUGGAAGAAGCCUGCAAACUGGAACAAACUCGCUCAGGAUGCAGACGCCUCCCUGACGUCCGUGAUGGCUCAGGUGGAUACCGCCAGUAGGCAUCCCGGUCUGCUAGGCUUCCGCGGUAGGGAGGAGAAACGACGUCGGCAGGGCUGGUACAUGGUCGGGGAAAAGCGUCGUCAGAAGGAGGCGGAAGCUCGCAAACAGGAAGCGGAAGCUCGUAGACAAGAGGCGGAGCGCCAGGUUGGAGCAAGCCCGGCUCCCACAAGGCCUGAAUUCUAUCCGAAUCAGAGGUUCAUUACCGGCUGCCCUGCCAUCAGAAUGGACGACUCUUGGGAUUCAUCGUAA